AUGAGUUCCUCCGUUCAUUUGAUUUUGAAACAUUUGGACCUCUCCCAGCAACAAGUGUUAGUCGAUGAUCUUGUUUCCACUCUUAGAAAUGACGACGACUAUGCCAACCAUUCAUCACACAUCGAUACUUUUUGUGAAAUCGUGAAUCAUUCUUCAGAGCUUUCAGAAAAAUAUUUGGAUUUUGCAUAUGAUUAUUCUGUCAGGAUUUUAAAAAUCGAAGCUUCUGAACCUUUUUUUGAAUCUAUACUGAAGCUUUCUUCUAAACUUGAAAAUCUCUCCAGUAUGAUUCUUUCAUAUAUCACGGGUGAUUUGAAAACCUAUAUGUCCACUUAUCCUAGACACUUCAACGGAGUGAUAAUCAACGAAACUUCUCUGGAUUUAUCAGGAGUGAAGGAUUAUGAGCUGUCUAAUGCAUAUAUACUGAACCUUCUAAAAUUUAUUGAGUGGUACUUUAUUCACGAUGAGUCACUCUCUAGCCAAUACCUGAACAGUGAGCUAGACAAGUUAUGUUAUAUUUAUGUCACCAAUGAGGAGCUUGGAAUUUCUAAAGCCGCAUCUAAAGUUUUAAAGUGGAGAAUGCCGUCUGUAUGCCAGUCAGUUGAAACGACUUCUUUCUUAUGGAGAAUUAUCUUUUCGUUACAAGAAUCAAACGAUAAUACGCAAAUCUCCUAUGGAUACACUAUUUGGUUAAGAUUUUUUGGCCAUCAAACACCUGAAAAUCUAAAGUUUGAUGCCGAAUUCCAAAAAAUUGUUAGUAAUGAAAAAUAUUGGUAUUAUUUAAGAGAUGGUUUGAUCAGUCUUACACAUGAACAUAAGAAGUUUGCGCUAACAUUGGUACAGAUGUCUAUUCGUGCGUUAAACACCAACCUCUCUUGUGCCAUAAUUAGGUGGGACUGUUCUAAAGAGGAAGAAUAUACUGACAGCUGGAAAAGGUUUUGUACUUUGUACGAAAUCUUGGGUAUUGAUUCUGCUAUGAACCAAGCUGUAGCAGCUACUAAUGACUUAUUGAAUGUAUUUUCUCCUGGUUCUUAUAUACCUGUCCCGUUUGCUCUGACAAUUUUAUCUGUUGGUUUUAGAGCUUCACAGGACCGUAUCAAGAAGUUUGCCUUAAAACUGACCUUCAGUUUACCAACAGAAAGUCUAAGUUUGUUCAAGAACGAUUUCAAGUUUAUCUCACAUGUUUUUCUUCCUUUCACUAUGAAAUCCUCUCACUUUAGUGUCCAAAACACUUCAAAUGGACAUUACACUUCCCCUUUUGCCGAAACAAUGUGUGAAUUCAUAUCCAGAUGUGUUAUUUCCUUGAACAGUCCCGAUGAAAUCACUCAUUUGGUAACUUCUAUCUUUGAAGUUUUAAGUGAAAUGAGAUUAACUUUUGGUAUUGCCCGCAUCUAUAUUGCCUGGGGUGUGCUGAAAGGUCUUGAAAAGAAAGGACAGAAACCACUCAAAGGCACCGUUCUUCAAGCAUUAUUGCCCCUUUUUGAAACCAUUGCCGAAGGUGAUAUCUGCAGAACUGCCAUUCAAACCAUUCACUUGAAGAUGUUAUUACACGUUGAUCCUUCCUCUACCACACUGGAAUCAUACGUUGGUGCACUAACUUAUUUUGUUCAAGUUUGUGGUUAUCAAGUUUACGCAGAUAACCAGGAAUUUUUCAUUGAUUAUUUUGAUGCUAACUUCCAGAAGGAAGAAUUUGCUUCUUUGAUUGCUCCAGACCAUUCACCAUCCGUGGAAGAAUUUUUGAUAGUUUCUUCAUACAUUUUAUCCAAUAAAAUUGAGAUUCCCAUCAUACCACCAAUUUUAUCCCACCCUCAGUGCUAUAAUCUAUUGAUCCAAAUGCCAGCCAGUGGUUUAUCAUUCAAUUCUAUCUGGAGCGACCCCUUGAUUGUAUCUCGUGUGGGUAAAUUAAUUAAGGAAAUGGUUGAAGGCUCGACAGAAUUGACUAUUGCCAUAUACAACGAUUGUGCUAUGCUACUCAACAAUAGAAUGCUUUUCUCUGAUGAAUUUUGGGCAAGCGUGGAUUUGAAUCCUAUUUUUGAAAAUGUCAUUCAGUCCCUAAUUAGUGUUGAUAACUUGGAAGAAGCGCUCUAUUUCAUAUCUCAACUUAAAUUUCUUACAGUUUGUUUGAAAAAAUGUGUGUAUAAUGAAGGCUUCAACAUAACCCAAGAAGACUUGACUAAGCUAUUGAACAAUGCACUGAAGAAUAUCCCAAAGGGUAGUGAUCCAACUUUUUAUAAAGCUAAGGAUGAGUUAAUAUCCUACAUCUUGGAUAAUGUGAAGGAGCUAAUGAAGGUGACCGUUUUCAGUAAAGAAAUAAUUCAAAAACUUCUAAAGCUUACCAAUGAUGUCAUUUCAAUGUCAGAAUGUAACUCACAUUUAGCUAACGUCGGUUUGAUGUCGGAAAUGCUCCAACGUUUCAGUGACAAAAAUCCUAUCCCAGUUGAUGAAGCUAAGUCUAUAGCCAGUAAUUUGAAGCUAAUCUGGGACGAUAUUAUUAGAGACCGCUUAGUUUUGAAUCAAAGAAGUCUUCAUCAAGCUUUUAUUGGCCUGGUUUUAGACGAAAAACUAUUGCUUGCUUCCGCCAAAUAUGAAGAGUUGGCGGAUUCAUUAUUUGAGAUCUUAGAUGAACUUAUUUCUAAUGCAGCUGGCAGAAAGGGCUUGUUACCGUGUCUGUUCAGAGGUAUUUCUUCUUAUCAGAUAUUACAUCCUGAUGAUUUUGAAAACACGCUAUGGUUAGCUAAGGUAAUUGUCAAAGGUGCAUUCCUCUUCCAAAGUGAACUUAAUAUUUUCCAACUUGACUGCAUUGUGUCUGAAGGUUAUGACAAAUACUUGAAUAUAUCCGGUGAAUCAUUAUACAAAAGCGUGUAUGGUGAUCCAGAAAUCAGCUAUCGUGCUACCAUUUUUGCAAUCGCUGGAUCCUUGAAAACGCAUAGAUUUGCUCAUCAAAUUUGGGAGUAUGUUUUUGAUAACGAAAAGAUAUUCCACUUUAUAAAUCCUAAGAAGCGUACCGAUCGUGAAGAACAAUGGAAAAGAAUCCAAUUUCUUUCUUUAUUUGUUGCCACAGCAGAUGUGCUAUCCUCGAUGGAGCUUGUUUAUUAUUGUGAGACAUUUUUAUUGCCUAGACUAUUCAAAGAAGCGUCACCCUUAUGCCGUACAUACAUUGAGUGGAUUUUGUCACUAACUAUAUUGCGUUGUCCUGAUUUUAGGUCAACUGUUUUCAAUGCACUAAAGGAAGGAGUGGAAGCACAACAACCAUUGGUUGUUGUCACUUUUGAACGUGUUUCAAUGUUAGUCUCAAUGCAGCUGCCACCUGAAGAGAAAGGUAAGUUCUUAUCCGAGUUUGCGGUUGAUGUCAUUAUUCCAAUGGCAACAUCUAAUCGUGCCUUGAAUAGACAUUUUUCUGCUAGUAUGGUACGUGUUUUGUGUAAUGAAAUGGCUAAAGGUAAUGUGAAAUUGUCUACAUUAGUGUCUGAUGCUUUGCAAAAAGUUGACAAUAUCUCAAAUGUCAGUCUUGAAAAUGUCACAUACAGAGCUGGUGAUGCUUUAUUAUGGGACAUUAGGAAAGAUCUGAAUCUCGUUGCAGUUACUGGUGGUAUAUUACUGAGAACCUCUGACCGAGAGGUUGAUUGUAUUUCUGAAAAUGAUUACAAAAUGUACUUAAGCGAAAAACAAAAAAGCAUGCUAAGAAUUCCAAUUGGUCAUGAUGAACAUGAACUGUGGGUAAAAGGUGAAAGAAGUGGGGAAGUUAGAGUAGAGUCUUUCUACGUGGAACUAAACGAAACAGACGAAUCGUCUAUGCUUCAGACUAAGAGUGGUGUCUGGUCAACGGUGAUGGAAAUCGAUGAAAGCUCUAGAGCCGCAGCUCAGGUUAAGAGAUCACCAUUAAUCGUAGUCUCUUCAUUGGUUGAUAAGCCACCUAACCUAGGUGGUAUUUGUAGAUUAUGUGACUGUUUGGGUGCUGGGUGGAUGACUGUUGAUGACAUUUCUGUUAAGAAUGAUUCUGAAUUCAAGAGUGUUGCUGUGACUGCAGACAGGUGGAUGCCUCUAAUUGAAGUUAAGAUACCAGAAAUAGCAGAGUUUAUGAAAAUGAAAAAGAAGGAAGGAUAUACAUUGAUUGGGCUAGAACAAACCGAUAAAUCUGUCGAAUUGAAUGGUGACCUGAAGUUCCCCGAGAAAUCUCUCAUAUUGUUGGGUAAGGAAAGGGAAGGUAUUCCAGGUGAUUUAUUGGCCGAAUUGGAUAUGUGUGUCAUUAUCAAACAAGUUGGCAUUGUUAGAUCCAUGAAUAUUCAAACUGCGACUGCUGUUAUUGUCCAUGCUUAUUCUUCGCAGCACUGUUGA